AUGAUAUCAGCCCACGCUCCCUUAGUGUCUAUCAAGGCACCACUUCCAACUCGCCGAGCUUCCAAUAUUCGUAAGACCGCCCGUGUUGGUAAAUUCUCACCAUAUGAGGACCAAAAACCUCCAGUGGACCAAGAAGAUGAUGCGGCCGCCAGGAUGCGAUUGAAACGGAAGUUGCAGAGAAAUAGGACCUCCUUCACACAAGUCCAGAUUGAAAGUCUUGAGAAAGAAUUCGAGAGGACCCACUAUCCAGAUGUGUUUGCAAGGGAGCGUCUUGCUCAAAAAAUUCAACUACCAGAAGCUAGAAUCCAGGUGUGGUUUUCCAACCGACGUGCCAAGUGGAGGAGAGAGGAAAAGAUGAGAAACAAACGUUCAUCCGGAACUAUGGAUUCCUCACUUUCAAACGGAACGCCGACACCAACACCAGGAUCAGUGACUGGAAGUAACAUGUCAAACCCGAUUGGAUCUCCAGCCAGCACACCGAAUCGAUUCCCAUCUAACAAUUCUGCAAAUCUGCCAACAACUAACUUCGUGCCACCAGCUAGUCAGAUGUACAACGGGCUCAGUCAACAGACGAUGGAUCCAUAUUCAUUUGGAUUUGCAAACACUGGACUCGCAAUGGCACCUUAUCAGACAUCCACUGAUUUCCAAGCACAUCACAUGUUCCAACCGGGACGGACGCCGUAUGAUCCAUUCCACUAUGCCCGAAUGCAGACUAACGGACAUGGUUUCCAGCAAUCGAUGAGUCCAGCGACGACAUCCGUCGGAGAUAUCCCAUCACUCACUUCUGGUAUGAGUCUUCCUGUGUCAGCAGUGCUCAACUCUAUCGAUCAAUCACUGAGCCAUAGUCAGAUGCAUGAGCUCAGCGACCUUACCCAAGCACAUGAGCACUACUGGAGAGCUUAG